AUGGAGUACUGCUGUCACAUAUGGGCUGGUGCUGCAAAAUGCUACUUGGCAGCGUUGGAAUCAGUGGAGAGACGUGCUAAGAGGCUUAUUGGUGACCCGAAUUUGGUUAAAACCAAUCUUACCAGCCUCGAUUACAGGCGCAAAGUAGCCAGCCUUUCAGUCUUCUACAGGAUGCAUUUCGGAGAGUGUGCGCAGGAAUUGCAUAAUUUAAUUCCUCCCUCUCCCUUCCACCAUCGGACAACCAGACGUACGGCCAGUCUCCACCCCUUCGUUGUUGACUUACCACGCAUUCGAACCAAACGGUUUGCUACAUCGUUCAUCAUGCGUACAGCAAAGGAGUGGAAUAAGUUGCCAACAUCUGUGUUUCCAUCCGAAUAUAAUGUGGGUAUCUUCAAGGCAAGAGUGAAUAGGCUUUUGUUAAGUGAGUGCUCUUCACCAUCUUAG